AUGCACGACCUUUACCCACUCUACCUCAGUGCCCUUCCCGGGUCGGUCCUUUGGCUAGCCGUCCGAGCUGUGGCCUGUGCCGACAUGAGGUAUGAGAGCGUCGGAGAUAUUCCUUUCCAGAUUAGGGCACGACAGUAUUACGGUGCUGCUUUGAACGGCCUGAGAGUGGUCGCGCAUGAGGAGCACACACUGGCCAAUGACCAAGUUCUGGCUGCCAUCCUACUGAUUGAUAACUUCGAGAAGAUGUAUCUUUCACGGAUUGGACCGCUUGGACCUCAUAGAGACGCUAUCAAACACAUCCUUCAUAGCGGGGGUAACGACUAUCUCUUCAAUCAAUCUAGCUUCGCUCUGGGGUGUCUAGCACAUAAACGCCUCCAAGCUCGGCAAAUCCUGCUUCGUGAAGAACCCGAUCCGGGGCAGAUAAUGUGGGUGAGCAAGCUGAACGUUGAUCAGCCUGACAUCCAUAUUACUGCUGAUGUUCUCCAUAUGAACAUUCUCUCUGCUGCGGCUAAGAAGCUGACGGAGAGCGGCGAGGAGGCCAGGAACACUUUAGAGGAAAAGGCAGAACAGUCAAGACAGCUGGCGCGCUCAAUCCAAGACCUGCUUGCUUCUAUCGAGAGCUGGACUUCGGCGAUGACAGGGUUGUGGAAGCCAGAGGUGACGGAUCCACAGCAAAUUGCGCAACCUCGUGAGAUGGAUGAGCCAUUUGACCUUCCUAUUCCCCAUUUUCCAUAUCCACGUAUGCUCAGUUACCACAACCUUUGGUUGGGAUGCUUGUGGAACUUUCAUGCUGCAAGCCAGAUCGUUCUACGGGAGUCGUUGGUCGAUGUGAUCAACUACGGUGCCACAAUACAUGGGCACGAACCAGUUCGGGAGAAUAUGGAACGAAUUCAUACGGAGCAGGAAGCCGUCGACAAGCUUUCUUCUGUGAUUAUGUGGUCAAUCCCUCUACUCUUGGGAUUUACACGCAGAUAUGACCCGCAUCCGCGUUCACUUCCGCAUGGAAAGAUGGUGGGGAGGUUGUACUGUCUUUGCUCGAUGUGGGUGAUCCAAAAGGCCCGGUUCACAUCACUUGAGCAUAAGCAGACCGCUUCAGAAGUCACGAAAUGGAUCAACGACCGUUAUAGACUGUGUUAA